UUGAUGCAAGCAUCAGUUGAACCGGCGUACGAAUUUGUUGAUUUCAACGUGUCUGUUAUCGCGACUUGACUGAUCAUUGUUAGCGUUUAUCGCCUUUCUUGGUCCCUAAAUCCGUUAGUGAAAACGUCUAGCUAGUGAUCUGUUUCUUUGAAAUUAUGCCACCGCAAGAAAACGAAGGAAAUCCGAACGCUUCGAGUCAUCCGCCUGAAGGCAGUACGGCUGAUUCGUCGACCAGUCCUAACUGGGCUGCACUUAGGCGAUAUCUAUUGGAUAACAAAAUUGAUUCAGCAUUGUGGCUUACGAGAGUAUUCACAAUCGUCACUUCAAUUCUUUACUUGCUCCCAUUUUUUAGUCCUAUGUUCACCUAUAACUGUUACAAAAGAGUGCUGAUCAGUUCAGCAGCCACAUCAGCCUUACGGCUUCAUCAACGGCUUCCAAGAUUCCAAUUUUCAAGAGAAUUCUUUGGACUGCUGCUUACCGAAGACAGUUGCCAUUAUCUACUUUACAGCAUCAUGUUUGUUAAUUCUCAAACAGUCACAAUUAUCUUGAUUCCUGUUGUAUUAUUUGCCCUUCUUCACACUGUGUCAUUUACGAAAAAGUUACUAGAUAUCCUUGGAAGCGGUGGAAUUUUUAGCAUGUCUCUUAUAAGGUCAGCUCGUAAAGCCAUUGAGAAAGUGGAGCUUCACCAGCAAGGACUGAUGAGGUUCAUUGCUUGCACAGAGAUCAUGCUGAUGCCAGCUGUUAUUUUAAUGGCACUCAGUGGUCAAGCAGGCAUUGUUAUUCCAUUUGUCUAUUAUCGAUUUGUGGGAUUUAGAUAUGCCUCCAGGCGGAACCCAUACUGUAGACUUCUCUUUGGUGAGCUUCGACGAUCAGUUGAGCAGCUUGCAGGUCAUCCCCGCUGCCCAGCAUUCUUGCGGACAUUUGUGUUCAAGUUCACUGCCUUCAUUGAAAAACUAGCUCCUCCAAUGGCACCACCACCUCCUCAAACUGCUUCAUCUUGAGGGAUAACGUACUAUUUAAUUUGCCUCUCCUAACUUCAGCCUUGCAUAUUAAAGUAGUUAAUAGCAGAUUUCAACUAGUGAAAGACAGAGAUAAAGUCAUUGCUUAAAAAAAAAAAAAAGAGUAAUCUGCCUGUGUAGUGUUGGUUCUUAUCUUGACGAUUACUCUUCACUGAUGUAUGCCAUACAUUAGAGAAACAAAGAGCUUGUCUAAUUAGUAAUUCUGUGGAAAAUUCUUUAAAGUUUUCACAAUCUUAGCAAGGGAGCACUUCCAUUUUAUUAUACACCUUUAGAGGACAGCUGAUAUUUGUUUCAAUAGUUGCUGUUUUGUAAAAAGAUAUUAAGUUAAACUUGUUCAAUUUUUUUUUUAAAAUUGACAUAAUCAGGCUGUAUUAUUUUAUGAAGUAUUUCAAAAAAUAAAACAUUUUUGAGUACA